AUGUGCAACACCGCUGCCACACGUGAGCCUGUAGAAGAUGACUACACCCACGACUCCUUCUCGCCCAUCGAAGUUCAUGAGCCUCACACGCCCCAUCUCCAGCACACCCCUUCUCACCACCACGCCUUCCACGAUCGAGGUUCCUUCGCCAACCUGGACUCCGGCACGCUGAAGACAGGCAGCGUGCCGGACAGCUACUCGCUGCCGCUGUCGUGGAGCAAGCUGAGCUACAGCGCCGGCAAGAAGCGCAUCCUGUGCGGGCUGACGGGGACUGCGCUGCCCGGGCGGUGCCUCGCGAUCCUCGGGUCGUCCGGUGCCGGCAAGACGACGUUUCUGAACGCGAUCAGCGACCGACUUGCGUCUGGCGGCGCCCUGAGGCUGAGCGGGCGGCGCCAGCUGGGCGAUUGCGAGCUCGAGCGGCACUUUCGCAAGGCGAUGGGGUUUGUGACCCAGGACGACAUCAUCUCGCCGCUGUCGACGCCGUACGACGCGCUGUGGUUCUCGCUGCGCACGCGGCGCGGGACGGGCCGUGCGGAGACGGAGGAGCGUGUGCAGGAGGCGCUGGAUGUACUGCGGCUGCAGCACUGCCGCAACACAAAGGUUGGCAUCCCCGGACUGGAGGCUGGGCUGUCUGGUGGCGAGCGCAAGCGGUGCAGCAUCGGGAUCGAGCUGAUCUGCGACCCGAAGGUGCUGCUGCUUGAUGAGCCGACGUCUGGGCUAGACUCCGUGACGUCUGCGAAGGUCGUACACCUGCUGCGCCAGCUGUCGCGUAUGGGCCGCACUGUGAUCUACACGAUCCAUCAGCCGACUGCGGAGGUGCUGUCGUACUUCGACGAUGUGAUGCUGAUGACGCAGGGCCGCAUUGCGUACCACGGGACGAUGGCGGCGUCGCUGGACUACUUCGAGUCUAUCGGGUUCGUGUGCCCGAGCAAGUACACGCCGACGGACUACUACAUGGUGCUGCUGCAGGACAGUGCGACGAGCAAGAUCUUGAUCAAGCGUUGGAGCAAGUACCUGAAGAACGGCCCCCGCACACCGCACAGCGCCGCGGUGCGUCUUGCGAAGAGCCGCCGCGAGUCGUCAGCUGCGCGGUUCCUGGAUGCGUACAUUGUGAAGUUCGGCAGCUCGCCGGUUGUGCAGUUCUACGAGCUGACGCGGCGCACGCUGAUCGAGAUCUCCCGUGAUUCGCUCUACCUCUUCUCGUACAUGGCGCAGGCGGUCUUCUUUGCCGUGGUCGUGGGCCUGAUCUUCUUGAAUCUGCGCUCCAACGUGGAGGGCAUUCAGGAUCGCCGGGGUCUGCUGUUCAUGAUCGUGAUGAACCGUGCGAUGAGCUCGACGUUCAUCAUGAUUAACAUGUACAACAAUGUGCGCGCCGUGUACACGCGUGAGCAGCAGGCCGGCGCAUACUCGCCGCUGAUGUUCUUCCUUGGGCGGAGUGUCGCUGAGUUUCCCGUGCAGAUUCUUGCAGUGCUGGUGGAGAGCUGCAUCCUGUACUGGAUGGUGGGCCUGCAUCGUGCACCUGGGUCGUUCUUCUACUACUGCGGUGUGGUGGCGCUGCUGUCGCAGGUGGCAACUGGACUGGGUUUUGCCAUCUCCACCGCGUGCCCGUCGCUGAUGAUUGGUUCUGCCAUCACACCGCCGAUCUUGAUCCCACUGGCUCUAGGCGGCGGCCUGUUCGCGAGUACGGACCGUCUGCGGCCGUACUGGUACUGGAUUGAGAAGCCGUCGUUCAUGCGCCACGCGUACAUUCUCUUGAUGCGCAAUGAGCUGUACAAUGUGCACAACAUCACGUGCGACAACUACCGCUGGGGAGACGAGUACUGCAUCAACCAGCCGCGUGAUGGACGUACAGUGCUGCGUCUGCUUCAGUUUGACGGUGACCCGCAGUCUGAGAGUGUGUAUAUGUGGCUGUCCUUGGUUGUUCUGUUCUUCCUGUUACGCUUGAUCACCGUGCUGAUUCUGACGGUGGCAGCUCGUGCGAGAAUGUAG